AUGAAUAAUCUUUAUCGUUAUUCUCACUGUCAUUUGUAUAGAAUAGAACCAUGUACCAUAAGGUUAUUUAUUUCAACAACAAAAUCAUAUGGAACCAAAUACUCUACUACUACUGCUUCAUUUGCAUCCUCAUCAGCACCACACGAUGAUCAUCUUAAUCAUAGUGACGAUACCAAUAUGUCGCUCAAAGAUAUAAAUGCAAUGUUUAAAAAGAAAUCAGAUAACCUCUUUUUAGAAUCAUCUCACUCUUUUACAAGUAGAAAUAUAUUAAAUCAACAAGAAGAACAGGAAGAAGAAAAAGAAGAAGAACAAGAAGAAAACCAAUACAUAUCUCAAGUCAAUCUAGAUGAUGAAAAUGAAUUAAAUAGGUUGUUUAAAAGGGAAAACGAUAAUAUAGUUGAAGAUGAUUCAAGUAUUCAAGAUUUUGAUUUAGAUCAAGAUGACGAUCUGAAUAGCGUAUUUAGAAAAGCAACAACAAACAAGCAUGCUUCCAAUACUAAACCAAAAAAUAAGAAAACAAGAAACAUAUUUCAAGAAGAAGAAGAUGAUGAUGAUGAUGACGAUGGCGAGCAACAACAACAACAACAACGACAACAACGACAACAACAACAAAUAGAUAAAGAAUUCAACAGAAAGAGAAUGCAAAUACAAUCACAACAAAUCAAAGCAAUAGACAAGAACAAAGAAAUGCUUAGAAUGACUUCAAGGCAACUUCAUCACUAUCCUCAUGUUAAACCGAUUCCUUUAACAUUUUCCAAAGAUGAAAUUAAAUCAAUUUUGGAAUCACCAUCUAAUAAUAUUCAACCACAAAUAACAACAUCAACUCUUGUCGAACAAGAAAAACCUACUAUCGUCAGUAGUAGUAGUGACGACCCCAUUUCGUUGGAUUUAAAUAAUUAUGACGUCGAAAAGGAGGAAGAGAAACAUGUAGAGUUGAGCAGAGAGAUGGAAAGAUUGGCAUCAAUGAAAAUAGAGGACCUCUAUAAAGAAUUAUUUAAAAAUAAGAGAACCGGUCAAAUAGAUAUAGACGAGGAUGACAUUAAAGAGAUGGAAAGGUUUUCUCGAGUAUCAAAUUCUUCAAAUAUAUUGGAUCUAAUUAAUCACAACUUUACUGAUGAAGAUAUUGAUAGACUGUUAAAUAACAAUGAAAACAAUAACAACAGCCACAAUGAUAAUGAUAUUGGUUGUAAAAAUAAAAGAAAGAACAAAUAG